AUGCCGUGCGGCUCGCUGCCCAACCUCACGUCGGUCCACUUCCCUCCGCCGCACCACCUGCCGCACCGGACCUCGCCCGACUACAACCAGCCGAGAUAUAAGAUGCCGUGCGGCUCGCUGCCCAACCUCACGUCGGUCCACUUUUCCCCGCCGCACCACCUGCCGCACCGGACCUCGCCCGACUACAACCAGCCGAGAUAUAAGAUGCCGUGCGGCUCGCUGCCCAACCUCACGUCGGUCCACUUCCCUCCGCCGCAGCACCUGCCGCACCGGACCUCGCCCGACUACAACCAGCCGAGAUAUAUGCCGUGCGGCUCGCUGCCCAACCUCACGUCGGUCCACUUCCCUCCGCCGCACCACCUGCCGCACCGGACCUCGCCCGACUACAACCAGCCGAGAUAUGUGAGUGUUAUUACUGUGGACUCUAAUACAGGGGGCUAG